CGGCGACAAACGUCGACCAUUUCAGCUAUCGAUCAAACAGACGCACAGCCAAAUUGCCGAGCAGCGGCGUCUGCCGCACAGAUUGUUUGCCCUGCGGAUUGGAGUCCUCCUUGGGCGAACGCCUCUGGAGACAGUUUGUGCAUUCGCACAAUUGUUAACAUAAUGCUGUGGAAUUUCUGGCUGGGCACGCCAUGGCACCGAACACAUUAAAAGCACACUAAACUAUACACAUAUACGCAACCCGGGCAACUAGCCGAAGGGCUGCCCUGCCCUGCCAAGUCGACGAGGAAUUGUGUUGUAAUAGCGAGUCUAUAAAAGCUUUGACAUGUGAGCGCGAGCGUUUCAGUUUAACUUCAACACGUUUCAAAGUUCUGUCGUCCUGUCAUCCGUUCGUGCCCCGCCGUAACCGCAUCCGCGACCGUCUCCGGGCCUCUCGCCGUAGCCGCAUCCUAACGCCAGCUCAAAGAAAAGAAACAAUUAAAGCAUAACUGCCAAGCGGAAGGAAGUGCAUACCACAAGUGAUUUCCCCACCUGCAUCCCUGCAUGCCCGUACAAGUGCCGAACAAAUCGUAACAAAGUUUUAAGACUCGACCCCCCAAGACCUAGUUUCCAUUGUGCUCAGCUCCGUUGUGCCCCCUAUGUUGGCCUCGCCUCGCUUUGUGUAAAAUGAAAACGGAAAACUUCCUCAAGUACGGCGCUCCUUUGUACAACUCGAAAAGUACUCGCGGUCAUUCGCAAUCCCAACCGCACACUGUCGGCAACAGUCAUCCGAAUAGCUUCGCAUCUCUGUUGACCAACGAGAACUUGCGGAAUUUGACGCCGAACCGCGCAUCCGGAUAUUCCGACAGGGAGAGCAUCUGCAGCUUGAGCAGCGCGGGCGGACGAGUUAAAAGGCGAUCGAGAAAUUUCUCGAUGAAGUCCUCGAGGGGCAUUAGCAAGAAGAGCAAGACCAUGGACUACACAAACUAUGCGUAUAACGAGGCCGUGGGCCGCCUGAAGGUAAUGCUGGCUGACAACUCCUAUACGGCCACGCCCAAAGGGUUGGGCAGCUCCUCGGCCUAUUUACGCAACUUCAACGAGGACUCAGGCGAUAAUUUCUCGGACAAUUUGUCGGUCAUCGAACGACCCGUCUUCUCUGACAUUUCCAAGUACUUGUCGCCCAGCCAGAAGUCACGCAUCAGCACCUACCGGCCGAAGAAGAGCUACACCUCGGGCUACCUCUCGGCGUCCAAGGAGAACUUAGCCACGCCUCCAGCUCUCUAUCCGACCACCAUAACUGCGCCGCCGCUGCCCACGGACAGCGUUCAGGCCCCGGUCGAGAUCUUCAACUUCAUUGAGAAGCAAGAGGAUUACAUCGAGCAGCUCGAAAAGGAGUCCAAGUACUGUCGCAGCGAGCUGACCAAUUUGCUGGGCAAGGUGAAGGAUGUCAUCAACGAGAACGAGCACCUGACGGAGAAUGCGCGCACUGAGCUGGCAGCGCUUGGCAGCGGCACCUCCAAGCCCUCGGCUCAACUGCCGCAGACCACCACGAGCCCCUCCUCGGACAGCGACGAGCACUUGCUCUAUGCGGGCCGCAAGACUCCAACCACGCCGCGCAAGAGCAACUUGAAGUCGCCGCAAUCGCCACGCUACGCCAGUGCGCCCAACAUUGUCUACGAGGCACGCAUCAGCGAGCUGGAGGCAGAGCUGAUGCAGGCCAACAUCGAUCUGAAGCGCGUGAAGACCGAGAACGAGGAGCUCAAGCGCAAGCUGGCCCACACGGAUCCGCUCAGCGCUGUCGCCACGUUGGGCAGCGUCAACUGCGAGACGCAUCGCAAGCAGCUGGAGCUGCUGCAGCAGGACAAGACCGCCCUGGAGGAGUCGGUGCGCCAGCUGCAACGCAUGCUGGACGAGGCCAAGUCACAGCAGCAGCACAACAAUGCCAGCUCCAAGCGCUACAUCACGGAUUUGGUGCAAAUGGAGCGAUCCCAGGCGGAGCUGGAGGUGCGCCACCUGCGAGAUGAGCUGGACAGGCAGCACGAGCGCGUCCGGGAGCUCCAACAUGAGAUGGCGCGCCGCUUGGCUGAUGAGCGGGCCAGUGCGGAGCGGCGCUACAACAGCCAGGUGGAUCAGCUGGGCGGCGAUCUGAGCAGCCAGUGGGAGCAGGUGGCUAAGCUGCAGCUGGAGCUGGAGCGCCAGAAGCGCUACGAGUCCGAUCUCAAGCGCGAUGUGGCCAGCCGCAAUUCCCAGAUCGAGGAGCUCAAGAUGGAGCUGCGCGCCAAUCGCACAACUUUCCUGGCCGACAUGGCCCAGGCCAAUGCCGAGAAGCAGUCGCUGGAGCAGGAGAUUACCUCGCUGCGCCUGCAGCUGGAUCGUGCAGCCCGGGAGUCCAAGACGGAGGCAGCUCGUCUCACGGCGGAGAUCAACUCGCUGCGCCAGCGUCUGGAUCGUGGCGACGCCGAUCUGUUGCACUCGAAGCGCGAAGUGUUGCGCCUCAACGAUGAGAUUGCCAACUUGGAGAAGGAGCUGGCUUACGGGGAGCUAAAGAACGAAAUACGUCCAACCAAAAAGGAUUUGGACAAACGCAUCUCAGAGAUGCAGGAAAAGCAUGCGGAAACGGUAAAUGAGCUCGAAGCAAUGAUAACGUCUCAGAAGCAACUCAUGGAUAAAUUGACGGCCGAGUGUAAGACCUUAACCGGCAAAUUAGAGGAUACGACCUAUAAGCACAAUCAAGACAAGCAACAGCUACGUGCUACAAACGAACAGUUAAUGGCACGUCUACGGCAAAUCUGGUGUAAAUACAAGUCGCAAUUAGUUCACAAUGGCAAUAGUGCUAACGAGCUUAGCUCCGAAGAGUCAACACCCAAUGAUGAACGCAGUUGUUUAUCAAAAAUGCACCAAAUUGACACCUCCCAGCCGCAUACGACUACCAGCCGUCCACAUAUGGCACUACAAUUGAACCCAUACAAAGCACCUCACAACUGCACAACAACGCUGACGACGACUACAGCAAGCCGAGCAACUCCUACAGCUACGAUGCCGCUGGAGCGGCAACAGUUGCCGGCAACAGCAGCGCUGCCAGCAACAUCAGCGGCAACGGCAACAGCAACAGCAACGGCAAUGCCAACGGCAACAGCAACACAGCUGCUGGCCCAUCUGCAGCAGCGCGCAAGAGCAGCAUCAGCAACGGCAGCGCCAGUGGCAGCCUCCUGCCCGAGAGCAGCCGCAGUUAUGGACUCAACGAUAACGAUGACGAAAAUCUCAAGGACAACCUUGGCAUGGGCGAAAAGCAGCAACAGCAGCAACAACAGCAACAGCAGGAGUUGGAGCAACAGCGCGAACGGCAGCGAGAACGCGAACGGGAGGAGCGAGAUCGGGAGUUGCAACAAUUGCGAGAGCAGCGCGAAAAGCGGGAAAGAGAACGCGAGCAACUGGAGCAGCAAGCACAGCUCAAUCGACGCUACAGCAAUGGCGAGCCGGAGCAACAGCAAUCACAGCAGCAGCAACAGCAACAGCAACAGCAACAACAGCCACAGUCUCAGCUUGGGGAUACGAGCGUCAGCAAUGCCGGCAGCGCCAACCUGGCCGCCUACAACACAGACUACAGCGCCUACGAUCAGCAGCAGUACGAUGCCAGCGGGUACGAUACCAGCGGCUACUCCCAGCAGCCAUACGACGCGCAGCAGUAUGGGUACGAUGGCAACGCUGGCUACGACUACAGCGCCGCUGACUAUGGCCAGUCUGGCUAUCAGUAUGAUGCCUCGCCAGACACAGCCGCAGCCAACCAGCCGCAGUAUCAGUCAGCGGCAGGAGCCGGCGCUGCGGCGGACUACGCCCGAUCGCCACCGUCGACGGCGACGCCGACAGUCGCAUCCCCUCCAGCAGCAGCAGCAACAGCAGCCGCUGCUGUCGCCCCAGCUGCGAGCCGACAACAAUCGCGCCCGGGCAGCGGAGCUGUGGGGCCAGCAGCUGCAGCUGGAGUCCUCGGCAGCGGCAGCAGCAGCAAAUCCGCUCUGCCACAACAGUCUGCCGCGCCAGCCGCCGGCAAGAAGUAGCUGGAGUCCCGAGGCGAACGACCUCACGCCAAUCGAUCCGCUGCUGUUGGAGUUCGGCAUUAGCAGUCCCAGUCUGAUGCGCUCCAGCGACGCCUCCAACCUCGACGACGACGGCGACUCCUGUGCCGACCUGAGUGAAACAUAUAUCCUGCCGCUCGUCGACUCCGAUGCCAGCCUCUCGCCGGCUCACACCACCAUUGUCACGGUGCGACGAGCGAGUGCACCGGCUAUGGUGCAGCGCGUCCAGGACGUCAACGAGACCAUAACUAUUGAGCUGGAGGAGCAGCUGGAGCGCCAUCCACUGGACAUCGCCAACGAGACGGUGAUCAUUGAGCGUGACCAUGAUCGUGACUAUCGUGCAUCGCAGUAGUUGUAAGCACAAGUUUUCCAGUUCACUCCGCUAGGGAGACUUCCAAUACUAUUCCACUCAUAUGUUUCGGAUGGGCUUUAACAAAUAAUCCAUAUUUGAUAUUAACAUUUUGUAAUUACAACAAUUUCUAAAUGCAAUAUAAAUUUAAUUCCAUCAACUUGA